AUGUUCGGCAUGCCUGGCGUUGGAUUGCCAUACCGCAAUCGCAAGGAUGUGGCGCGAGCGCAGAACUUUAGAGGUUGGACAAGGCGACAUCCUGCGCGAUCGACUGAAGAAAUGUGGACGCCGAUGAGUGGCGCGAUGCCAUGGCCACGCAGCAUGUACGGAGCCGGAGCAAGUGUCCCGAACUAUGAUCGCUUCGAAGAGCUUGAAGAAGUGCCGAUACGCCAUCCACUAUCCGCCAGCGGGAUGGCCUUCAGAUCACCGAAGCAUCGAGGAGGCUCCGGACACAAUUUGAUAGCUUUCGACAAAGCUGCUGAAGCCUUAUACGAGGCUCUACAGUAUGCAGUCAAGCAUUGCAAAGCCAUCAAAGAGCAAUUCGAGAACGAGGUCAUACAAUCCUCCAUCGUGCAGUGGGUGCCGCCAAAUAUGAUGAUUGCGCUUUGGACGAUGAAGAUCGAUUGGGACGGUAGCAAUGCUGCAACCCAGGACGGUGCUGCAGCCCAGCAGCCGCACGCUGGAGUAGCGACAUACAGAGACAUGAAGUCUCUAUUAGAAGCCAUGAAGGACAUGCAGAUGUGUGAGCUACCUCGUUUAGGCGAUCUGAACGGCUCGGAGGUCAGGUUGAGUCCUGAGAUCCUCCGUAACACAAUCAAUAAGCUUCAAGUAACGCUACAUGGUGUGGAAGAAAUGAUGCAGUCGGUACGGAAGGAUCGGCUGCUGAUGGAUGCUUUGAUCAAGGAUCUGGAGUCGACUGUGCAAUUGUUGAUGGACGUGGAAGAGCUUUGGACGUCUAGACCACGGCCUGCGGGCCCGAGAGCACGAGGUGGUCGUGAGGAUGAGUACAGGUGGCGGCGGUAUGACGAUGACUGA